CACACUUGCAAGUGUCUCCUGUUGACAUGAGAGAUUCUCCUGGUAGUUCACACAAUGUUCAAAAGGCACAAGUCCCUUGCUUCAGAACGCAAGAAAGAAUUAUCUUCCCAUGGAGCCACACGGUCCACACUGAAGAAUGAUAUGAGAAAUUUUCACUUUUUGUCGCAACUUAUACUCUCAGCAGGGCCUCUCAAAUCAAUUCCAGCAGUUAAACAUUCAAAGACUGCUCACUUUGAGGUUGAAAUACUUGAUGCUCACACAAGAAAGCAGAUAUGUAUUGUGGAUAAGGUGACACAAACAUCUACUAUUCAUGAUGUUAAACAAAAAUUUCACAAAGCAUGUCCAAAGUGGUACCCUUCCCGAAUUGGCCUGCAGCUAGAACGUGGUGGGCCUUUUUUGAAGGACUACGUAACCAUUCAAAGUGUUGCAGCCUCCUCCAUUGUCACACUCUAUUUUACAGACCUAGGUCAACAGGUCAGUUGGACUACAGUAUUUUUGGCUGAAUACACAGGACCUCUGCUAAUAUAUCUCCUCUUUUAUUUGAGGAUCCCAUAUAUAUAUGACAUGAAAGAGUGUUCUAGAAGAUUACGCCACCCAGUGGUACACUUGGCCUGCUUCUGCCAUUGUAUGCACUAUAUCCGAUAUCUUUUGGAAACCUUAUUUGUACACAAAGUUUCUGCAGGACAUACACCUUUGAAAAAUUUGAUAAAGGGCUGUGUCUUUUACUGGGGAUUCACUUCUUGGAUGGCCUACUACAUUAAUCACCCACGGUAUACACCACCAUCAUUUGGAAACAGGCAAAUCACAGUAUCUGCUAUCAAUUUUCUGAUUUGUGAAGCUGGAAAUCAUUUCAUCAACGUUGUAUUGGCUCAUCCCAAUCACACAGGAAACAAUGCCUGUUUUCCAAGUCCAAAUUAUAACCCGUUCACAUGGAUGUUUUUCCUGGUUUCGUGUCCUAACUACACCUAUGAGAUUGGAUCAUGGAUUAGUUUCACAGUCAUGACACAAACACUGCCAGUUGGGAUUUUUACACUUCUGAUGACUAUCCAGAUGUCUUUGUGGGCACAAAAGAAACAUAAGGUUUAUCUGAAGAAAUUUAACUCUUACAUGCGUAGGAAAUCAGCAAUGAUACCAUUCAUAUUGUAAGAAAAAAUAAGUGAUCUUAUUUCAUAUACAGAAAAGCAAUAUAUAAACUCACUAAAUUAGACUUAGUCUAAGAUGAUUAUUAUGUUCCAGAAAUUAACAAACAACAGUAUUUCUACUGAGUAAAAAUAUGAAAUAGUAGAAUUUAGCUAAAUUUAGAGUAAUAAAUUUGAGGCAGAUUAAAAGUAGAAAUUAAAGAUAUAACUAAUGAAAAAUAGAAUUAAGCAUAGAAAAUAGAAAAAUAACAUUCAGUAUAUUUCUAAGGGAUUGAUUCUUCAACAAGAUUUUCUUACUUCAUUAAAUAUCUCAUAACACUAUUUGUCUAAGACAAUGAAAAUAUCUGAAUUCUAAAGUAAAUAUUUUUAAAAGUUUUGGCAUUUGAAUCACUUGAAUUUUACACAUUUUGAUAGUAAUUAAAUUUCUUCUCUAUUGUUCAAUUUGUUAUUGAGAAGUUUCAAAUGUCCUAUGUUAUUAGUUUAAUUUCUUGUGAAAAUUCUACUUAUAUUGAAAAUGAAAUACUU